GUAUGGGUUUAUCAACCUUAAUAUAACUUAACUUUAUUUUACAUAUCUGAAGUCAUUACCAUCGAGACGGUAUCCAUUAUUAUGACGCCAUAGAGCGCAUUUCAAAAGUUUAGAAUGUUGGCGCGCGGUAUAUAAAGCCAUGGAAUUCUGUGAAACAUUUUGUUGGUUUGUAGUAGUGGAUUUAUUAGCGGUUAUCAGUGAUGGGACAGCGAAUUUCUCGUAUUAUUCCGGUAAAUGAUGGCGCGGUGUACGAUCACCAUCCCAGUACACCCCCAACACCCGACACCGACAAGGCGGAGCAACACUUCCAUCCGUGCGAUGAGCCGCCUGUCGAUGCCGGUGAGGGAGACGCCAAGAAGAGGGAGGAGGAGGAGCGGAGGGAGGCAUGGGGUGAGGAGGAGGAGAUGAAGAAGAAGAGGGAAAAGAAGUUCUGGAGGCUGCCCUCUUUCCUCAAAGCUGCCAGAAAACACCUCAAGGUGAUCCGACCGAGUCAGACUGAGGUGCAGCUUAUUGAGUCACCAUCGCCAGCCAGCAGCGCUGAUGAUGACAUUAUGUGCCGCUAUGAGCUCGGUGAUCGUCUGGGGGUAGGCGGGUUUGGAGUCGUUCAUGAAGCGAGUCGUGUGGAGGAUGGCCUUAAGGUGGCAUUGAAAGACGUCAUGAAGACGCACGACAUGGAAUAUCUAACUAUUCCUGGUCAUCCAAACCCCCUACCAGUGGAGAUCGCCCUUACACUCUUGGCCAACAAGGGACCCAGCGCACCAGAGAUUAUAAAGCUGCUGGACUGGCAGGACCAACGGGACAACUAUGUCAUGGUCCUCGAGUGUCCGUCACCGUGCGAGAACUUAGUCAGUUUCUUGGAGGGCCAUGGAGGAAGACUCGAUGAAGGUUUAGUUCGACACAUCAUGCGGCAGGCAACGCGAGCGGCUCGCACGUGUUGUCGCCGUGGGGUAUUCCAUGGAGACAUAAAGUUGGAAAACUUCAUUGUGAGCAAGGACACCCUGCAGGUCAAGUUGAUUGACUUUGGGUGUGGGGACCUCAUGAGAAAGUCUGCCUACACGACAUUGUAUGGCACCAUGGAGUACUACCCUCCUGAGUACAGGGCUAAGGGCAAGUACCAUGCUAAGUCUGCAAUGUCGUGGUCUCUUGGGGUCAUCUUGUUCACAAUGCUGUGCGGCCGUUUUCCAACUGGCAAUGACCUGCAGAAGACCGAACUAAACCUUUGGUCAGAGCCUGGACUGUCAAAGGACUGCUGCCGUUUGAUCUGUAGUCUCCUGCAGCAUAAAACUAAGCGACGACUCGGUCUGGGGAAGAUCCUUCAACACGACUGGUUUCAGGUCUCCAUAUAAGUCGUGGUGAAAAGGAGAUUCGACCCCCGACAUUUCCCAGUCUCCUGUCAGCUUUGCAUCUUGACGGCUGGCAGGAAGACUGUUCAUUCCUCUGUGAAUCCUCUGCAUCUUGCGGAGCCGGCAGGCCAUGGUUGCAUCUUAUGCUAUGGUCUGAAGCAGCAGUAUUGCAUCUGCCGUUACCGCUUGCUUGGGGAUGUGUAUAUAUAUGUAUAUAGUUUUUUCUCUGAGCAUGCAUUGUCUAAAGGUUAGAUCUCCAUUUAAAAAUAAUAAAAAAGACAACUUAUUCCAAUCACAGUGCAUUUGUUCUUCCAGAGUAGACCUCACAUAUAAAUAGCGCAAAUGUAAAAGCUUCAGGUCAUAAUCAGAUGUCUUUCCCAUGUUUCUGCACAGAAUGCUGCUGAACCAGAGGUUCCUGCCAUGGACAGCUUAAAGGCAUGUAAUGCGCUUCCUCGUCUCAGAGCUCCACUGCCCUGGUUCCUCAGUGGUUCCUCUCAUGGCUACCCACAAGUCCAAAGUUUGA